UCAUAGAAUCUCCUGUAUUUCCUGGAAAGGAGACAAGGAAAAGUCAUAAGAAGUUUUUGCUCGCCUCUAAAAAGUUGUUUACCUGACUUCAUCUACAGUGUAAAGCGAGAAAGGUUGAAACGAAAAUCAGAAUGUCUCUGAUGGAGCACGGUGGUGGCGCCCACAACAGGCCGGUGACGGCAGUGGCCUGGGCCUCCAACAGCAGCACCUGUCCCAAAGACUUCAACCUGAUUAGUAUAACUGAGGAUGGAGCUGCUGCAAACUUCACACGGAGCUUCGCCAUGAAGGCUGGCUACUACCUCUGCUACAGCAAGGACAUGUCAGGUGGUAUGGUAGUAUCAGAUGUCCAGGUGAUCUCAGACAAGGAGACUGUUCCUCAUGGGUACUGUUACAUACCUGAACACCUGGAGCCUAGGGCCUCCGUGUCUAAGAAGAAGCGUGUGUGUGUCCGCAUGGUGCCAGUGGGCGGUGUGGAGACUGCUGUACUGGACAUCAAACUGACUGCUAAGACUAGGAGGAUGCUGCAACACUACACCUGCUUAGGGGACAUCCAUGGCUAUGUGAUGUGGUGUAAGAAGGGGCCCUUCUCCAGCCCUCUACCCCAGGCAAAGCCUCGCAGCCUCAGCCUUGACCUCCGUCAGCUCUCGCUGGACCAGAACCCCCCUCCGCUACCCCUCAGACCCAGCAACGCUCCACCCAUGCCCCCUGGCAGGAAGCUCAGCCAUCGCCGCAGCAACCUCCAAUUGAAUGACGCUGUGGACAAAGUGGUUGACAGCAGCAACAUCUACGGCAUCUCAGCCAUAGACGGUGUUCCCUUCACUCUACACCCCAAGUUCAAGACCCAAACUAACGGCACGACCCCAACAAACACUCUGAACAACAUUCGCAUCAAGUCUGUCCAGGACAUUGAAAAUGAGUACAACUACACUUUCACCGUGGAGGAAAACGCAGCCAAGAGAACCACACCUCUCACCACAGGAAGCACCUCUUAAGCUCAAUGACCUUUCAUCUCCGACCUCAACAACGGCGGCCUGCUCGACCCACAACACUACGGAGGUCAAUGUGAUAUGCCUGGGUCAUGAAAUGAUAAUCAAUGUCCAAGUGCCUAGAAGAUGACUGACUAGAACAGAAGAGUCAUUCUACAUUCCAGAGUUCCUUUGUUGUACCCACAUUCUACAUUCCAGAGUUCCUUUGUUGUAGCCACAUUCUUAUUCCGUGUUCUAAACUCUCGCACAUUUCAUUCUCACGCCCCGUAUAUGGGGCCAGUUAUAUAUGUUAGGGAUGACUCUUCCCCCGUAUAUGGGGCCAGUUAUAUAUGUUAGGGAUGACUCUUCCCCCGUAUAUGGGGCCAGUUAUAUAUGUUAGGGAUGACUCUUCCCGAGUAUAUGGGGCCAGUUAUAUAUGUUAGGGAUGACUCUUCCCCCCGUAUAUGGGGCCAGUUAUAUAUGUUAGGGAUGACUCUUCCCCCGUAUAUGGGGCCAGUUAUAUAUGUUAGGGAUGACUCUUCCCCCGUAUAUGGGGCCAGUUAUAUAUGUUAGGGAUGACUCUUCCCCCGUAUAUGGGGCCAGUUAUAUAUGUUAGGGAUGACUCUCUGACGGGGAAGAGAGCGAUGUUUGGCAGGGCAUGCUCGUUUCUCUCGUUAGAAUAAUGGAAGGAACCUGUUGUGGUGUACCUGUUAACGUCAGGCUAUUGAUCUUCAUCUUUAUUGGGAUGUUUAGGGACCAAACUAAAUGUUGUUACACUUUCAAUGUAAAUAAUGUUACUGUUAUGUCUCUGUGGUGAAACAUGGGUCAUUUCAUGGUUAAAAAAUAUAUAAUAAGGAAGUAUGGUUACCGGUCACUGGUUAUAUCUGUAUAUUGUGCCUUGCAUGCAAGUAUAAACAAAUAAAAUAACAAAUAGUU